CAUGUUGUGGUUUAAUUUUUUAAAUGUUAUUUUCCUUUGUUUUUGGGUAUAUAAAUGGCAGUGUACAUGUAUGGUAAUGAAUUUAACUGACCAAAAAUUGAACCACAACAUGCAUAUUAAUCUUGGUUUCUUUUAAUGAAGGUUAACAUAGGACAAAUGACUGUAAUGAUUGCUUUUGCAGGAACAAAAUGGGUGAAGGUAUACCAGAUGGAGAUGCUACAAAAGGAGCCAAGAUCUUUAAGACAAAAUGUGCACAGUGCCACACUGUAGAAGCAGUAAGGAAUUUUUAUGAUAUGAUUGGCUUCUUAAUGUGCAAUCUUCCUCUUCUUAACCUCUUCUUCUUCUAAACCAAGGCUAGAACUGUUUCAAAUUCCUAGAAAACAAUAAAUAAAUAUAAUCUUCAUCAAAAUAAUGUACUAGACACAAUAAUAAGUUAUACUAUACCAUCCCCCAUCAGAACAGCAAGAAAACCAGUCAUUCAAAGUGAGUGUGGUGCCUUUAAGUUUUUCAGAAAAAAAGAUUUAGAAGUCUUGUUUAAUCUCAUGAAAGUUUUGCAGAUCUACUCAGUUCUAAAAUAACUCUUAAACUACCACCCCUUGACAUGUGUGAACCCACUCUCCUUGCUCGUCUGUGAUGCAUAUUAAUUUUGUGCUUCAGAAAAGUCCCUGGAAUAUGAGCACACUUUGGCUUGCUCCCUUUUUUACAUCCACCAAUGAAAUAUGCUGUCAUACUUUGUUUGGUGUCCAUCAUGAGUGUGCCCACUUACAUGUACAAAACAAAAAUAAACUCUAAUACACACCCAGAUUCAGGCCACAUAUAAUGAAGUAAUUAGUGAUAAUGGAAUGUCACAUUAGAAUUAACCGUAUUGAGAUUUGUAAGCAAACCGUAACUAAAAGGAUUACAGUAUGGUAUUGAUUUAUAUCAUAUCUUAGCUUAUCUACUGGUUAGUAACCACUGUUGCCGUUGAUUUUGUAGGGUGGUAAACACAAAACAGGGCCCAACCUUCAUGGCCUGUUUGGACGCAAGACAGGACAGGCUGCAGGUUUCUCAUACACAGAUUCCAAUAAGAACAAAGGCAUUACUUGGGGACCUGAUACAUUGUGGAUUUACCUGGAAAACCCAAAGAAGUACAUUCCUGGUAUAUGACAAAGCUGAGUUCUUUACAUGUACCUUUACCUAACUCUGUAGAAUUCUAAACAUAGAUAGUGCUCCUGUUCUUAAAAUAAAGGUGAUUGGUAUUCACUGUACCACUGAUUUGCGUAGGCAUUUUUAGUACAUCCACUUGAUAGAUCCAACUUAGGCAAAGGUAGAAAUAUCCAUGUAAUAGUGACACCUUAAAUUUGUACUCUAAAGUUUAUGAUUUAAGAUAUAUUACCCUCAGGGCUCUAACUAUGGGCCAGUGGUUCCCUCCAGCUACCACACACUUGACCCCCAGGUACUUUUGCAGAAAACAAAAGGAAAGAACCUUAAGCACAUUCCUAAUGGUUGAUUUUCCCACCUACUUUGAAAUUAUUCCUAGUGACAGCCUUGACCUGCACCAUGUUAGCACCUUACAUAAUCUGCAUUACCUAUAACAUCAAAUGAACUAUUAUUAUUUUACAAAAAUGUGCUCCCCAGCAUGGACUAGUUACCCAUCUGCUUUUCACUUAUUUGAAUUUCUAAUCUUCAAUUUUAUUUUUUAGGUACUAAGAUGGUCUUUGCAGGCCUUAAGAAGAAAAAUGAAAGGGCAGGUAUGCUAAAAAAACACUUAAUUUAAUGAAAUGAUGUCUGGAAAAAAAGUCCCAUGUGACUUCUGGAUUAAGUGUGAGGUUUUCCCAACAAAUUUCCUUUUACUUUUUUUUGAGACAAAAAGAGAAUAUCAAGUUGUUAUUUGAAAUUAGCUCAAGAGUCACUUAAGGCUUGAAUCAACAUUGCACCUGCUCAUACAUUGCUGUAUAGUCAGACUACUCUAUUGACAGUUUUCGAAAUUGAGGGGUUUUUGCAGUGAAACUGGAUGUCUUUUCUUUUUUUCUCAGAUCUCAUUGCUUAUUUGAAGGAGGCCACAAGCUGA